CGCCACAGGACCACCAUCAAAACAGAAAACAACGCAGGACCACGGACAACAAGCAAGCUGCAUAGCUGCUGUAGUGCUGCGGUGCUGUGUGUGUGCAGGGGGCACCAACUGCGUCACGAUGACGACAACGUCGACGCCAACAGUGCUCGAGAAGGUGGAAGCGUUCUUAGCAAAGACGAGGUUGGAGGAUUCGGUGAAACGAAAAAUCAGACACAUCGCCACCAACACCUAUGGAGAGUUUGUGAGAAUGGGAGAUGCUGGACUCGACGAUAAUGGAGCGAGUGCGCUUGCCGAGGCAUUGAGAGGCAACACCUCACUUCAAGAGCUACAUUUGCAACGCAAUUCAAUUGGCGCUGUCGGUGCGGCCGCCUUGGCAGAUGUACUGGAAAACAACAAGACGGUGAAGCAACUUUGGUUGGAUGACAACUCCAUUGGCCCUGAGGGCACAGUGGCCUUGGCAGAUAUGCUCAAGCGCAACAACAGCGUGAAGGUUCUCUGGCUGUCUCGCAACGCUAUUGGGCCUGACGGCGCUGCAGCCUUGGCAGACAUGUUAAGACACAACACCUGCAUUGUGGACCUGAAUCUUGGGAAGAACCGCAUGGGUGAUGAAGGCGUCCGUUCUCUCGCAGCCGCGCUUGCGCAUGACAACACCACUCUGAACAGAAUAUGGGUUUGGGAAAAUGACCUCGGCCCCGCUGCGGCGGGAGCAUUGGCGGAAAUGUUGCGACACAAUUCAUGGCUGUCAAGAUUGAGUUUGUCCAACAAUGACAUUGGUACAAGUGGUGGAGCUGCCUUUGGAGGAGCAUUGCGCAAGAAUCGCACCCUUGAAGGACUUCUCAUCCACCACAACUCUUCCCAGGCCGCUCGUGCCUUUGGGGCGGCACUGCCAGUGAACCGACGCAUCGACACGGGUAAUUGGACGUCUGAGGAACGGGUAGCCUUCAACCAAGGACGAGACGAGAAGAGGCGACAACAACAAGAGUUUUUCUCCGCGUGCAAGCAUGGCAACCUUGAGGCCGCAAGCACCCUAAUCAAGCAAAACAACACUGUCAUCAAUGAACAGAACGAACAAGACGACACACCGCUUCAUUUUGCUUGCAAGCACAAUCAAGUGGCCAUUGUUUCGCUGUUGCUUGAAAAUGGCGCAGAUAUCACUGCUACUAACGCAAAUGAGGAGACCGCUUAUGAUGAAGCUGCAAUCCGGGGCCACAUCGACAUUAUUAGUCUCGAGGACUUGCGCCCAGCGAACAGCAAUGAUGCCCGGCUCAAAUACCAAAAUGAAGUCAUUCGGCACAUGCUCGAGAUUUCUGCACAGUCCCAAACGCAGAUGGCAGCACGUGCGAAGCUCAUGAUUGUCGGAGAAGGAGGUGCAGGCAAAACAACGACGCUGCGCUCGUUGAUGGCCGAGACGUUUAAUCCAGUUCACAACUCCACGCGUGGUGCGGAUGGUGUGAACUUGGAUGUCACGGUCGAAACAAUGGACGUCUGUGAUUGGCAGAGUGUCGAGCCAGGCACGUCCGAGUACAUGCGCACCCUACGAGAUACGGCACUGGCAAGGACUUCGGGUAUUGCGGCAACACUGAAGAAAGAGAUGAUGAAAGCAACCCAAGAGCGGCAGCAGCGGUCACGGUUGCAACAACAACGGCAAAAACCAGGUCCAACAACUUCAAGACGGCAUCGAAGACUUCCGGUUCCACCUACAAAUCCUGCAAGCAAGCUAGCGCCACAAACCGGUUCCACGAUAGCUCAACCCACAGACCCACCCUUGCAUGACGAGACAGACCCAGUUCCAGACCCAGAUGGCGUGGUCAAUGAGGCUGCCACGACUUCAACAAGUCGAGAGGAUCUUGAACGGGCCAUCAAAGAUGUGAACCUUGACAUGACAAUUGCUCAAGGCAAAGCGCGGGUCACGUUCAAGGUCUUUGACCUGGGUGGCCAGUCCACCUUCUACAUCUUCCACCCUUUCUUCCUCACAGAGUAUGCGGUGUACCUCCUGGUAUUCUCCAUGGAGAGCUUGUUGCACCCAGAUGACGAGAAACGCGAGGCUACCUGGGAGUUUAUUGAGUAUUGGCUUUCCUCCCUCCACCUCCACGCCAAGGGCGCACCCGUCCUCAUCAUUGGCACAUUUGCUGACGUGGUGGCAUCCCCAAGACAACAUCACCAGGUGUCUGAACAACUCUUCAAGCGAUUCCGGUACAACCCGGCCUUCCCUUCUGUCAUCCACAACGACAAGCACGGCCUAUGGUUUUGGCCCAUUGACAACACCAAGUCCAUCGAUGACCCCAUGAUCCAGGACCUGCGCCAGACCAUCUCCUUCACAGCACUGGCGCAGCCGUUUGUGAGCCGAGAAAUAGCUGUGUCGUACAUUCGCCUCUACGACGAGUUGAUGAGCAUGCACAGAGCAUCUCACAGGCCCUUUGUUACACUCGCAGAAGCCACAGAUAUUGGUCGCAAAAAGUUUGGCCUGCAAAACAAGAUGGACACGAGGAUGUGUCUGAAGUAUCUGCACCUGUAUUCUAUGGUGCUGUACUAUGAUGACAUCGACGGUAUGGAUGCCUUCGUCAUCUUGAGCCCCCAGUGGGCGGUAGACACGAUGACAAGUGUCAUCCGCAACUUCGACCUCCACAGCGAUGUUCACGACCAAGAAGCAAUUAGGCUGGGUGCCCACUUAUGGGACGAUCUGGUCCUUCGUGGCAUCCUGCACCGCCAAGUGCUGGAGGUGCUGUGGAGGGAUAUGCAAUGUGACCUGGUUGAGCCGUUCUUGCGCUUGAUGAUGGAAUAUGGAUUGUGUGUGCAAUACACACUCCCAAGGGUGGCACGAAACGGGGGUGCUCCAAAGCAUGUCCUGGCACAACAACAACAACAACAACAACAACAACAACAACAACAACAACAACAACAACAACAACAACAACAACAACAACAGGAGCAGGAGCAGAAGCAGGAGCAGGAGGAGGAGGAAUGCUACCUCGUGCCGGCGAUCCUGCCCAUGACCCUUGACCCAUCACCAACUCCACUGACUUCACCGACAUCAUCAACAGCUCCAGCCUCUCCGACAAGUGCUGAUGAGGCGUCGUCGAUGUCAUCUUCUGUGGUAUUGAGCACAACUGUGGCCCAGCGAUUUCACUCGUAUCUCGGACAUGAGCCGAACACGGCGUACAUCAGCUUCAUCGCUGGACCUGCACAGCCGAGUGCAAAUGCCGACGUGAGCAUAGAUGCCCUUCAGCGCACAACCUUCCUGCCUGAAGGCAUCUUCACCAUGUUGCUCGCACACGUGCUGCAGCGCACGCAACCAACAGCUACGCGAGAGCCAAAGCUCAGCCGUACCCAUGUCGUUAUCUUCGCAGCAGAUUCGAGAGUGGAGCUGCGGCUUGUUCCUGCUGUUGGCGGCAUCAAAGUUUGGAUUGAUGGUCCUGAACCACGCAUGUUCUUGGAUCAACUUCAUGAAACCAUCAACCAGGCCAUGGCACGUCGAUAUGGUGACUUGCACGUGCAGUUGUUUCUUCCAUACGACGAAGACACGCUGUUGCACUUUGACUCAGUCCAGCAACAGUACAGCGCUGGCAUAUGGGUUGAUCGCCACCGCGUAACGUCUCGGUGUUUGGCUGAAAAGUUUGCUGCGUUCUUUCCACACUUGCCGACAUCAACUCCAACUCCAGAUGCCAGUGUAAUGGAUGAAGACCUCUUCAAUUCCGACCUUGCGAACUGGCUACAGCGACACGGUCUCCUUGUACACGUGAAGAGUGUGUUGAUCGACCACGGCAUUUCCACGCUGCAAGAUCUUGUGGAGCUUGUGAUUGACGGGGACUUAACGAAGAAGGACCUCAUUGCAGCUGGUGCGAAGAAAGGGCACGCGAACAUGCUCAUUCGCUUAGCCAGGGAGGAGGGGUGA